UCGCGUGCACUCCGCAGUUUUUGUGAAAUCAGUGUUCCGCCGAGUGUGAAUGCUAUAAAAAGUGUUAUUUGGAACGGGUUACAUCACAGCGGACUCCCGAAACUAGGAUUUGGAUCGCAAAAUGUGUCUCAAAUCACGCAGGCUUUAAAUACUAAACGAACAAGCUGAGCUAAGUUUCUAAAGUGUGCAGUUAGAUACAUUAAACACAAAUGGUCCAUGAACUGAGAUCAUCAAAGGAGGUGGGGGAGAUAAAACCAGAGAUGAACGCCGCCGUCAGCACAGAGUCCAUGGACAUGACUGAGGAGGAUAUGUCCCAGGUGGAGGGCUGCGGGUUGAGCGGCGGCUCGGAGGACGAGGACGAGUGCGCCUCGUCUCCGGCCGGCUCCAACUAUGACGACGGAAACGACAUCAUCAAGAAUGCCAUGAGCGAUGAAGUUACAAAGCAACUUGCAGCCGCCGGCCCCGUAGGCAUGGCGGCGGCCGCGGCUAUCGCCUCGUCGAAGAAACGCAAGCGCCCACACUCCUUCGAGACCAACCCAUCCGUCAGGAAGCGACACCAGAACAGAUUAUUAAGGAAACUUAGACAAACAAUCGAAGAGUUCGCGACACGAGUAGGUCAGCAGGCCGUCGUGCUGGUGGCCACUCCCGGCAAGCCCAACACUUCCUAUCGUGUGUUCGGCGCCAAGCCGCUCGAGGACGUCGUCAGGAACCUCCGCUGCAUGAUCAUGGAGGAGCUGGAGAACGCUUUGGCGCAGCAGUUCGGGCGCGGCUCGGUCCCGCAGGCGCCGCCUCCUCCUGCUGAUGAUCCCUCGCUGUUCGAGUUGCCGCCGCUCAUCAUCGACGGCAUCCCCACCCCCGUCGAGAAGAUGACCCAGGCGCAGCUGAGAGCCUUCAUCCCGCUUAUGCUCAAGUACUCGAUGGUCCGCGGCAAGCCGGGCUGGGGCCGCGAGUCGACCCGGCCGCCCUGGUGGCCCAAAGACUUGCCCUGGGCCAACGUGCGCAUGGACGCUCGGUCUGAAGAUGAGAAGCAGAAGAUGUCAUGGACCCACGCUCUGCGACAGAUUGUGAUCAACUGCUACAAGUACCACGGAAGAGAGGAUCUCCUGCCAGCUUUUACUGAAGAAGACGAGAAAGGACCUCCGACACAACCCGUGUCUGCGUGCAUGCCGGGCGCGGGGUCCGCGGGGGCGGAGCCCGGGGGCUCCCGCCCGCACCACGCGCUCGCCGAGCAGCAAGUCUGCAUCGACCAGAUGACGCUCGCCGACGUCGAUAUGUCGCAGUACGCUCCCGCCGUGCUGCAGACCAUCACCAACCCCGACGGGAGCGUCUCCCUCAUCCAGGUGGACCCCAACAACCCCAUCAUCACGCUGCCCGACGGGACCACCGCGCACGUGAUCCAGUCCGGCGAAGGCGGAGCCAGCGUGGUGGGGGCGCUGGACACGGACGGCGCCGUCGCCGUGGACCUCAACGCCGUCGCCGAGGCCACGCUCAACCACGAGGGGCAGAUCAUCCUCACGGCGGACGACGGGCACGGCUACCCCGUGUCCGUGUCCGGCGUCAUCACCGUCCCCGUGUCCGCCUCCGUGUACCAGUCCAUGGUCGCCUCCAUGCACCACCACGAGGCCGUCUGCGUGGCGCCGCUCGUGCAGGUGGAGCAGGGCGGCGAUACGCUGGAGGCGCUGUCGCUGGGCGGCGGCGUGGCGCAGGUCAUGCUGCAGAACGGAGACACGCAGGUGCUGCAGGUCCUCAGUCUCAAGGACGCCACCGUCCUCACCAAACAUAUGACUUAUUGUCGACAGCAACAGGUAAAGGCUGAGCGGGAGGCGGUGGUGGCAGACUCGUAGCUGAUGCGUUUGGUGGGGACUCCGCCACCUGACUCUCGCACCUAGCGCUCCGCCCUCGCGUGCUCCGCCCCGUAUUACCGCGCCCCGCACUCCACUACGCACCGACCCAACUAGUGGCUGACGGCAGAGCGACAUAUUUAUAAACACUGGCUGCACGAACUAAUGGCGGAUUGUUGACAUCAGAGCUAAGAGGUUAUAAUAAUUGUCACGUUUUGCUAAAAUUAAUUAAUUCAUAAGUCAUUAUUUACUUUAACAAAUAGUUAACCCGAAACUGUGACCUGUUCGCCGUACAUUCUAACACGAAAAUGAAAAAAUGGAAUAAACAAAAUCCCGUCCUUCGUCUCUGACGUGGAGAUGAACUGCAUAUAAACAAAUCGUUAUUACCGACAGGUUCAAUUAGUUCUUUUUAAAACGCCUGUUUUCAUCCGUAGUAAUUGAAAUAACUGGUACCGCCAUACAAUACGUCGCCGUUGACAAUAAUUGCAAAUGUUUACAAUUAAUUGAUUUAAGCCAAUGACGAAAUAAGAACCGGACGAUUCCGAGUGAUUUGAAUGUGCCUCGAUUGCUCUCUAGUACGAUCUCCCAAAUCGGACUCAGUUUAUUAUAGAAACAAAUGAAAAUUAACUGGUGAUACAUGUACGCAUUGCUUUAUUUGGUUUUACCCAAAAGUGACUAAACACAAUCUAUCGUAACAGUAGACAUACAGAUCAAAUGAUGAUGAAUAAUCACUUAUCGACUGGUUUGCCCCGAGCGUUUCUUUUGGGAUAGAGAAAUUUCUGGUCGCCCAGAAGGUGUAUUAGUUUCACUGGGACGAAUCGCUAGAUUCGAGGGCUCAACCUUUGGCUAACAGCUGCUCGAGCGCCUCUGAAGGAAUUCUAACACUUGGACGACCCCUCGCGAGCGUAUCCAUCGGCCCCAGGCACGCUCACGCCGUGUCCACUAACAUAUAUGGUGUAUUUUCUUACUUCUACUAGUUACUACUUCUACUUACUUAGUGUCGCAUUAUCCAAGUAGAGAGCAGGGGCACAUUUAUAUACAAAAGGCAACCCGCUUUACUUUAUAACGUUUGCGGCCGUUUAACUGAUGAAUAAAAGUUAAUUUAUUAACCAACCAAACCCCUAAAAAAUAUUUUAAUCAAACAUCUCGAGUUUUAAGCAAAUAUUGUUCAGUACACCGGUGCAGGUCGGCAACACUUGUGUGUGUAUGAUUGUAAUAUCCGCUAAAACGUAUUGCUGUCCUGUGAUAUGAAGUGGUAGACCAAGCUUACAGAAUAGAUAGGGUCGGAGUGCCCCAGCGGUCACAGCCCAUAUCUCGUUGGAGAGCGCAACGUGUACAUUUGUAUCGGAGAGUUUAUUAAUUAGUCUUGUGUCAGCCAUCGAUAUUGUUGAGCGAGGUGGUCGCUGUACACUAAGAAAGCUGGAAACGAUACCCGACUCGCGUCAUGACAAUCCAAUAAAUAAAUAAUAAAUAGUAGCAAUAUUUUUCCAUUAAAUGGAUUUCAUUUCAAAAUCGAACGGUAAAAUAAACUCUAGGUAUUUAUUUUAUUAUUUUAAUGAAAUGUGCAAUAUACGAAUAGCUAAACCCGUAUUUAUUUUAUAAAUUUUAAAUGCUGUUUUAUUUAUUGGCUGAUUUUAUAUGCGAAUCAUAUUAUUAGGUAGAUUAUAUUGGAUAUUACCGCGAUUCGCUAGUGUGUAUUGGAAGUGCCGUACAUAAUAUUGGUAAAAUGGCGUAUUUAAAUAUUUACUUUAAUAGUUAUACUCGCAAGGCGUGACUUUAAUUAAUUGAGUUAAUGGAAUUUGUCACUUUUACGCUUUAAUACUUUUUCAUGCACCAUACCAUUGUGCGAGUUUUUUAACGUUCUCGAUAGCGUAAAAGUUAACUCAAAUUUGUAUGCAGUUCGAACAGCGCCCCUAGCGGCAAAAGUUCCAACUCCACACAAAUUUGAGUUAGCUUUUACGCUAUCGCGAAGGUUAAAAAACUCGUACUAAGAGCACACAAGUCUACGAUUUUUGUAUAUAAAAGCGUCAAAAUAUUAGGUUGAAAGGAAAAAAAUUAAUGUACACUCUCCUGAGAUUAUGCUGUCUGGUGCUAUGGAAUAUGCUGAUUAAAAGUCUACUUACACCUGCUGUGAAGACUGUGAAAUCCUAGCAAAGGUAUAAUAUUGAGUUUAAUAAGAGUAUUUAAUUACAAAAAAAAAAAAAAAACGCGACCUUUAAAUCUUACAGUGACAAGUAGUUUUGUCAAAAUGCCAGAUAGAGUAUAACUUUUAGAAAUAAAUUAUACCAUUAUCAAUUAAAAAAAACAUUCCUUUUAUUUAAGUGUUUGUUAUAAGUUGUUGGUUUUGUAAUUGAUUUGUCGUCGAGUUUGUUAGUGAGUACUUUAUCUAGUCUUGUCGAACGAAUCUAGUCCGUAAGUCGAGAGUAGACACGAUACAUAGUAAAAUAUACAAAUAGAAAUAUUUAUUGGAAAUUAGUUUUUUUCGUAUUUAUAGGUACUUAUAGAUAGAUAGUAAUUUAACACUUCUGUGUACCGCAUAAGGUUUCGUGGAUUUCAAAUCAUUAAAUUGUUGUCUGGUACGUGGAAUGUGCGUAAAUUCUUUAAUUAUAAUUGAAAUACGGUCAGUCUGGGUAACUAUAGUUCUUGCGGUUGACACUGACACUUCUGAUUGUUAGUACGAAAUAGGAAUUGUCAAAAGACACUUUUGAAAAGUUGACAGAUAACAUAGUUCAGAACUAUGAAGGAUAAGAUCAAUAAAGUUACAUAGACGUUCCAGACGCCAACUAUUUUAAUAAUAUGACACGAGCUCAAAAACAUUAUUUUCACUUUGCUACAAAAUAAUUUUAAAUACGUUUUUACGUUCCGAUUUACUAUACCGCGAGGCGUUGAAUGCGCUUCCAUUGAUUUUAAAUGUUUGGUGGGAUUUUGUUUAAUGCGUGCGUUAGAUCAUGUGUUGAACAUCAGGAAUCACGCAUUAAAACAUGCGUUUCGAGCUCUUGCGAUUAUAAUUCACACUAAAUAUAAUAAAAUUGUUAUCAACAGCAUUAAAAGUUACCCAGACUGACUCUGUGGAGUAUUUAUUAGUUCAUUAUCCUUUUUUUAUUCGGGCUCGCAACGAAGCAAUAGAAAGUAAGUAGUUAUGACAUCUCGACAUAUACAUGUGAAUUUGUAAUUAGGAACGUAUUCUAAGAUGCUUCUCGUAGUGAGCUCGAAUUACGGAAGAUUUGUUUUAAAAUGGUAGGAUCUCUUGUGAGUCCGCACGGGUAGGUACCACCAUCCUGACUAUUUCUGCCGUGAAGCAGUAAUGCGUUUCGGUUUGAAGGGUGGGGCAGCCCCUGUAACUAUACUGAGACCUUAGAACUUAUAUCUCAAGGUGGGUGGCGCAUUUACGUUGUAGAUGUCUAUGGGCUCCAGCAAUCACUUAACACCGGGUGGGCUGUGAGCUCGUUCACCCAACUAAGCAAUAAAAUAAAACAAAAAAGGUCUGUCAAAAGUCGAUAUCAGGGUUCGGCCUCGGACGCAGUUUUUUGAAACUCAUCAAAUUUAGAAAAUCGAUCCUGACAUGUUUGUUUAUUGUAACUUUUGUAAUGGAAGAAGUGAGUGGAGGAAAGGGAUAUGAUGGAAACUAAUUUCCAUUAUAUGUAUGUACUGAGUGUGUUACAUAAGUUGUAUAAAUUGUGAAUAUUAUUUCACCUCUUGACAUAAAUUGAUUUGUCUAAGGUUUCACAUUACGCAUUCAUUAAAUAAACAUAGGAUUCUGUGGCGCUCAAAUUUCAGUUUCAUAUUCGGUAAUGGGUUAAAUUUAGACAAUGAUUCGCUUGCUUACAAGUAGUAAUGGUGAUUUUUUUUUUCUUGCUAUUGAUCAUGGAGUUAAUAAGUACCUACAACUAGAAUAGUAACUCCAUGCUAUUGAUACAACCUAGGAAUCGCAUUCGUGUUUAAUACAGAUAAUGUCAGGAUUCGAUGCAAGUGAUUAUUACGGAUUGAGGCCGUUAUGUCAAAAGUAGUUAUAGCGAAAAUAUCUCGUUGGUUCGUAUUGGAUUCUUAAUAUAAGAAAAUAGAGAUUAAUAAUUUUAAAAGAAAGAAAUUGUAAUUGUAAAUAUACACAAAUAUGUAUAUUUUAAAUCCUUAUACGUAGGUUACGAUUCACUAGGACGUUGACAUUGUUGAUGGGAUUUAAAAAGCAAUAUUAUGUAGAAUUUGACAAAGAGCAUUCCUCAAUCUAAAACAAAAAUGGUAGCAUCAAAGCUUAAUGUUUAAUAUAACUUAUUUGAAUAUAGAUAAGUCUUUAAAAAUACUUCCUGAAUUCAAAGCUAAAUAAGAAAAUGUCGUUAUUAGGAUAGGUUUCAAUUUCACGUUUAACGUUAAGAUAAAUUUUAAAUUGUAACAAUCGAUACUAGUCAAUGGUUUAAACAUUUAUAGAGAAGUACAAAAACUAGCGAGGUCAUGUUAAUAAACUGUAUAUUUUUUGUUUAUGAUACUAUUUCUGCGAUAGCUUUAGUUACUUCUUUUUUGUUUUUACUGUCCCUGCUCUGUUUUUGUUUAUUUAAAUACUACCAAAGAAUUCAUGUUUGAAUGCAAGAAAUAAUUAAAAGCACAAUUUUGUUGUUAAGUAAUAUAGUUUGUGAGUGUAUAUAACGGUAUGAUUGUGUGAAUAUGGCAAUUAUUAAAAUAUUUAUGUACAUCA